AUGGAGUGUUUAAAGUCGGAAAUGACAGUUGCUAUAAAUUGUGCAAUUCAACUUAGUAACAAAUUUGGCUUAAAAGAGCUAAAACAGGUAAUCAGUAAGACUGUUUAUCCAAAUCUGUUCAAGCUACUUCAAGUUGCCUUAGUUUUGCCGAUAUCAUCUGCUUCAUGUGAAAGAAGCUUUUCUGCAACGAGAAGAAUAAAAUCUUGGACACGUACCACGAUGGGUCAGGAAAGACUAUCUGACUUAUCGAUAAUUCAUAUUGAGAGCGAUCUAGUCAUUGAUAAAGACAUCAUGUUAAAUAAGUUUGCUGAAAAUAAGCGCACGUUGCCUUUACAUUUUUAA